GUGCUCCAGCCCCCAGCUCUCUCCACCGCGCCCACCAUGUGUGAAGAAGAGACCACCGCCCUUGUGUGUGACAAUGGGUCUGGCCUGUGCAAGGCAGGCUUUGCAGGAGACGACGCUCCCAGGGCUGUCUUUCCCUCCAUUGUGGGCCGCCCUCGGCAUCAGGGCGUGAUGGUGGAAUGGGCCAGAAAGACAGCUAUGUGGGGGACGAAGCCCAGAGCAAGCGUGGGAUCCUGACCCUCAAAUACCCCAUUGAACACGGCAUCAUCACGAACUGGGAUGACAUGGAGAAGAUCUGGCACCACUCCUUCUACAACGAGCUGCGAGUAGCACCAGAAGAGCACCCGACCCUGCUCACAGAGGCCCCCCUAAACCCUAAAGCCAACAGGGAGAAGAUGACCCAGAUCAUGUUCGAAACCUUCAAUGUUCCCGCCAUGUAUGUUGCCAUUCAAGCUGUGCUCUCGCUCUACGCAUCUGGCCGCACCACAGGCAUCGUCCUGGAUUCAGGGGAUGGCGUCACCCACAAUGUCCCCAUCUAUGAGGGCUAUGCACUGCCCCAUGCCAUCAUGCGUCUUGACCUGGCUGGACGGGAUCUCACAGACUACCUCAUGAAGAUUCUCACAGAAAGAGGCUAUUCCUUUGUGACCACAGCUGAGAGAGAAAUUGUGCGAGACAUCAAGGAGAAGCUGUGCUACGUAGCCCUGGAUUUUGAGAAUGAGAUGGCCACGGCGGCUUCGUCUUCUUCCCUGGAGAAGAGCUACGAGUUGCCUGAUGGGCAGGUCAUCACGAUUGGCAAUGAGCGCUUCCGCUGCCCGGAGACCCUGUUCCAGCCUUCCUUCAUUGGCAUGGAGUCAGCUGGAAUUCAUGAGACAACAUACAAUUCCAUCAUGAAGUGUGACAUUGACAUCCGCAAGGAUUUGUAUGCUAACAAUGUCCUCUCUGGGGGCACUACCAUGUACCCUGGGAUUGCUGACAGGAUGCAGAAGGAGAUCACAGCCUUGGCUCCCAGCACCAUGAAGAUCAAGAUCAUUGCUCCUCCGGAGCGGAAGUACUCAGUCUGGAUUGGAGGCUCCAUCCUGGCUUCUCUCUCCACCUUCCAGCAAAUGUGGAUCAGCAAGCCAGAGUAUGACGAAGCAGGGCCCUCCAUUGUCCACAGGAAAUGCUUCUAAAGUCACAGGGCCUUCUCUGGGGAUCCCUGCAAGACUGCUGUCACCAGUCACAGAUCAUUAAAACCUUCAAGCCUUA